AUCGAAAAAUAUUUCUGUGCGAACAGAAAAAAUAUUGAAAAAUGAGAACAAUUUUGAGAACAUGAAACAUUAAAAUCAAAAACAGAAAAAGGAAGAAGAUAAAUUUACCUCGCACACCAGAAAUGUUAAGUUCUUCGAUAAUGUGGAAGGCUGUCUGAAAAUUGUUCACAUUCUCACCCAUUAGAGAUUAUAGAGACCACGUUCAAAUAAAAAAUUAACCCCAAGUUUUAAUAACAACGAAUCUGUGUAUUGAAUCCAAAUUAAAAAAAACAGAAAUAAAGAUGUAAUUGAAGCCUAACAGCAAAAGAAAACAAGUUCACCUCAAUUGCUGCUUGACGAUAAUUGGCGAUGACCUGUGGGGAUGGCUAUGACGAUUUGGGUCUAGCAGAAGAUCUAGAAUGAGCAAGAUGAUAAACUAAAGUCGAUAGCUGCCAGGAGGGUUUUCUUUUUCGAAGUUUUCGACAAAGAAUGGGUUCUUGGGACAAGACUAUUUUCAAUCCUCUUUACUCAUCAAUGUUUUGUGGCCUCUGAUUAAAUACAGUCGAGAUCUUCAGGCCCUGAUUAAUAUUUAUAGUUUCAGUAGUUUGUACUUUGCAAGUAUGAUAGAUGACCAACCAUCAAGGACUUCGAAACAAUAUCAAAAGAAGGUUUUUUGGACUGAAUGAAAGUGGGAUCUUGUUGAAGUCAAAAUUUAUUUUCCCUGUUAUUUGAAGACAUUGAGGUGUUCUACAAUAUACAAAAUUAUAUGUGUCCUACUCUAAACUUGGCUGUCUAAUUGAUUAAAACAUUUCUGUAGCAUUCUUUUUGUGAGAUGCAUCCCAUCUUUUUCAUUCUUUUUUGCCUUCAUUUAUCUCUUUAAUGAUGCAGGAUCAUACUAUACUGGCCUUACAAAAGGCUACAUUUAGGUAAGAAUAUUCUGUUCAUGUUUCUGCGGCUGCUGCUAUUGUUGAAUUAAUUUUAGCAGAAAAGCUGUCUGAAUAAAGUGGAUCAGUCUCUCUUCAAAAAUCAAGCAGCGAAGCCGGCAGUAGCAAGAAAACUGAAGUUUAUCUUAUAACUGGGGCUGGCCUUUUUCAGGUGCUUAGUGGUUUACUGCGGAGAUGUCUUUGUCAGCAGGCAAAGAGGCAAGAGUCAGAGAGAUUGUGUACCAUGGAUUGUUGAAGCUGGUGUUGAUAGAUCCCUUGGUUGCUGAACAUGUUUUAAAUUUUAUCUUGCCCCACUUUCAACGAUUUCUCACUAGGAUGCGGAGCUGCUUGAUAUUAUCAAUUGUAUUAAAAUUGAGAAUGGCAAAGUCUUUAUUGAAGAGCUAUUUGACUGCCUUGUGUCCUGCACCAGUUGGAUGCUGCAGCUAUUUCAUCAACUUGCCAGUAAUCCUUCAGAUUCAUUGGAUUUGCCUGGCUUCUCUCUUACCCAAGAGAAUGAGGCAGGAAGAACCUUGGCUAGCGGGAGCUUAUCCAAUGGCUUGUGAAUGAUCAGGGAUCUAAUCAAAACCGAAAGACUCUCCAGUAAAAAUGGGUGAAAAACACCAGAACUUACAACACAUGCAGUCUUCUUGUCUCCAUCUAAAAAUGUUUUUGGCAUCAGUCUACAAUGACAUUCCUUGUGUGUGUGUGUGUAGGGGUGGGCGUGAAAUCCGUUCCCAUUGGACCGUUCUGAAAAAUCUCGGAUCCGUUUUGUAAUUGUACCGAUAUAUUGGGAUAUAUUUUUUUGUCCCGAACCCGUUCCGUCCCAAUAUCAAAUGGGACAUGAGCGUGACAACUUAAAUUUAUACCGAUCCGUCCCGUUUCAUCUACUCUACUAAUAUAUAAUACUAAUUCUA